AUGACGGGAUCCUCAGCUCCAAGUGCAACCAAGUACACCGGCCAGCUCCAGGACAAGCGAGUCCUGAUCGUCGGCGGCACCUCAGGAAUUGGCUAUGCCGUUGCCGAAGCCGCCCUCGAACACGGCGCCAUAGUAACAAUAGUCGGACAGCAUGAGCCCAAGUUGGCCAAAGCCCUAUCCCAGCUCGCUGCAAGCUAUCCAACCCAAGCCCAGGGCGAUCGCCUCCAGGGUCUAGCCCGAGACUUGGGUGACUCCACGAAAGCCGAUAGCAGCGUGCAGGAAAUAUUACAACUAGCAGCUGGCCCGGGCAAACUGCAUCACCUCGUCAUCACUGCAGCCGACAUGACAGUUCCGCCACCCUUGUCCAAGGUGACCGCCGAACGCCUCCAACGCACGACGGCUAUCCGUCUGAUAGCUCCGAUGCUUUUCGCCAAGUAUCUGCCUUCCUUCAUGGAUCGGACCACUGCCAGCUCCAUGACACUGACUAGUGGGGCUCAUGCACGCAAGCCUGAUGAGGGCUGGUCUGUUAUUGCGGCGCACUGUGGUGCGGUGGAGUCUUUGAUGAAGGGCCUGGCUAUUGAUUUGCGACCUUUGCGGGUCAAUGUUGUCGCCCCGGGGGCAAUCAUGACAGAUGUGGUGAAGGACAUUCUGGGACCUUUCUACGACCAGGCGAUUAAGCUUGCUAAAGAGAAGUCGCUUGUUGACUCGGCGGGUGCUCCGGAACAGGUCGCUCAGGCGUACAUCUACCUAAUGAAGGAUUCGUAUGUCACCGGCUCGGUGCUGGAAUCAAAUGGUGGAAUGCUUUUGGCUUAA